AUGGAGAAAUCGGAGGCCGAAUUGUGGAUCUUUGUCGACAAGCUGUGGCAGAACGUUGAGGAGCGGGAUGAAAUGAUCCGGUUCAUGUCAGGAAGGCGGAUGAUGAGGAGGAUUUCUUUACAAGCAAAGGAAUCACUCUCUGGAUCGGAUCAACUAAAAAGGUCACCAGCAUCACUGCCCGAGUUGGAUCCACCCAAAAAGCCACCUGAAUCGCCAAACACAACAGUUCUGAGGAAGCCGUUAUCUCCAGCAACUUACAAGGACUAUUUUGCUACUUUGCUUUAUUCUGAGGACUACCACCUUGAGGGAUUCUUGGAUGAUCAAUACACACAGCUGCAGCAGUUGCAAGAUGAGAGCAACCCAGAUUUUGUUUUUGAAGUAGUGUCUCUCUUCUUUGAUGAUUCUGAGAAGCUUCUUGAUGAUUUGAGAAGAGCUCUAGAUCAGCACCCUGUAGAUUUCAAAAAGGUUGAUGCCCAUGUUCAUCAGUUGAAGGGCAGAAGCUCCAGGUAUUUCACUCCAUCCAAAUAUCCAAUACAUCAUUCUUUUGUUUCCAUCUCUCUUCAAGAAACCCAAUUUCCCAAUUCUAUGACAAACCUACUUUGAUUAUUAUUAUUUUUGUCUUGUUACAGUGUUUUUUAUUUUCUUCAUAGGAAGCUAUUGUUUUUAUUAGGAUAAACAGUUACCAAUCAGAGCUGGGUGCCAAUUAGGGGUGGCAAUGAGCCGAAUUCGGGAUCGGGUCGGGUCAGGGCAUGGUUUUAUACAUCGAAUCUAUAGUUGCCUACCCCAUGCAUGAAACAGGGGCAAUUACAGGGUGAUAUAGGCGGAUGUGGGGUCGUAUCAUAUCAGUGAUUGAAGCCUGUUAGUGAUAUUUAAAACCUUGUUUUAGGGUCAGCCAGAGCCCAACCCAUUACCAGAUUCCCAACAUUUACAUCGAAUUGUGUGUUUGGUUGUGCUAAAUAUCAUGAAAUAUAAUGAUUAAUCAGGCUAAUUGGGUGCAAAAUUUCAUGAUAUUUCAUGAAAUUUGGUGCAACCAAACACCCUCUAAAGCAAGUGCAGAAUUUUUUUGGAAGUUGCAUAUUUGUAGAGAUGAACUCCCUCUUUGUGACAAAUAGAGAGCUUCCCUGUUGCACAUCAAGUUUGUACAUGUGGGAUCCAUGGUUGGUUUAUCCAAGCAAUUCAUCUAGAAGCCCCUGUCAUGGAAGGACCAUGCC